ACCUGCUGGAUACGCGGAAGUACGAUGGUGAACUGCCGUGGUCUGAUAACACUUCAGAAGGAACCAGUUCCUCUGAAAAGCAUAGAGGUGGAGGUGGAGGUGAGGGACCAUGUGGCUACAGUGGUCUCCACUCUGAACUAUGAGAACAAGGAGGACAAACCAAUAGAGGCAGUAUUUGUCUUCCCUCUGCCUGGAGAUGCUGCUGUCUGUCAUUUCAGUGCUAAGAUUGGACAAAAAGAGAUUGUAGCUGAGGUGAAGGAGAAACAGAAGGCUCGUGAGGAGUAUGAUGAUGCACUGAGCUCCGGUCAGCAGGCCUUCCUGUUGGAGGAGAGUGAGCAGAGUCCAGAUAUAUUCUCUCUGAGUGUGGGCAGACUGCCUCCAGGAGAGAGCGCCUCCAUCAGGCUGGAGUACGUCACUGAGCUGGCUGUGCAGGCUGAUGAUGGGCUGAGGUUUUCUCUGCCUGCUGUGCUCAACCCUCGCUACCAACCUCAGGGUAGUGAAGGUGCCAGUGUCCAGGUGACCUCUGUUCCAGCCUCUCUGGUGCCCUACAGUCUGUCUUUCUCUGCCCGACUGUCCUCUCCUCGUCCAGUCUCUAAAGUAGAGUCCAGCUGUUCCCUGGAUCCUCUCCAGUACCUCAACACAGAGCAAACCCAGGCCACGGUCAAGUUGGCUGCAGGACAUAAGUUUGACAGAGAUGUUGAACUGCUGAUUUAUUACAAAGAUGCCCACCAGCCCACUGCUGUGGUGGAGGCAGGACAGGCGUCUGCCAAGCCUGGCACUCUGAUGGGUGAUCCAGUAGUGAUGCUGAGCCUGUACCCUGAGUUCCCCCAGGCUGUGAUGUCUUCAGUCGCCUCACAUGGAGAGUUUGUGCUCUUAUUGGAUCGAUCUGGCAGUAUGGAAUCACCUAUGGACAACACUGAGAGUCAGGAUCGCAUUGGCAGUGCCAGGGAUACUCUGCUGCUCUUGUUGAAGAGCUUACCAAUGGGCUGCUAUUUCAACAUCUACAGUUUUGGGUCCACCUACGAACGCAUCUUCCCUAAAAGUGUGGAGUACAAUGAGGAGACCAUGGAACAGGCUCUGAAGAAAGUUGAAGCGAUGAACGCUGACCUGGGAGGAACAGAGAUCCUUGAGCCCCUCAAAGAAAUUUACAGUCAGCCAACCAUUCCCAAUCAACCUAGACAACUAUUUGUCUUUACUGACGGAGAGGUGGAGAACACCAAACAAGUCAUCAAUCUGGUGAAGAAGAAUUCAGGUUCCCACAGGUGUUUCUCUUUUGGGAUUGGGGAAGGGGCCAGCUCUGCUCUUAUCAACGGGUUGGCCAAGGAAGGAGGAGGUCACGCUCAGUUCAUC